CUCUACGACGAUACCACAAAGUAUAUAUACCCUGUGUCAAUACGUCAUGCAUUUCUUGUAAAUUGAAUGAUGUUUAUUAAAUAAAAAUAAUUUACACGUAAAAAAAAUAUUAAAACAUUACUUUAUAGUAAAAAUAAAGCAAACAAUUUCAACAAAAAUUACACAAGAUAUAAAAUCCAACAAACGAUAAUCGUAUUUAAAAAGUGGUGUUAUUUAAAGCGAUAGGUUUAGAAAAUACAAUGCGGAGAAAUGCGCGCUCAAAUCAGCAUACACAAAAUGAUUAUCCAAUUUCGACUGUGCCAUAUCAGAAUAUACUUCUCAAUGAUUCAGACACUACCGGAGUUGAUUUUCUGAAGAUGAACAAUAUACCUUCACGAAUACCUGCUACAUACAACAACAAUAGUACAAACCGGUUCGAAAAUACCAUAGAAGCAAAAGUCGAAACUGGUGAUACAUUACAAGCGAUAGCAUUACGUUUCCACUGUACUGUAGCCGAUAUUAAGAGAUUAAAUAAAAUCGAUAGGGACAAUGAAAUUCAUGCUCGAAAAGUGGUUAAAAUUCCCGUAACGGUACACAAUGUACUCUUGGAUACAUUACCAACCGUUCAUAAGAGCGGUAAUAAUAGUCCUAAUCCAGCACCAAAGUCUGGUGGCAGUGACAGUAGAGACAGUAAUAGUGGUUUUAGUAGUAUUGUACGCAAUCCCCUUGAAGAUGCCGAAGCCGUGUUAAGCGAGAAACUAAUGGUAGCUUCAGUAAAUUCUUCAGGUUUAGACCAUCCACUUACAAGUAAAGCAGAAUUAGCGAGGGAAAACAACGUAAAUGACAUCAUAUUGAAUUCAAAGCUAAAAUCGGGCGCUUUAAAUGUCUACAAGGAUGGAGAGAUAUUAGCAAGUAAUAUCGACGACGUAUCGGCACCUCUUAUAACGGAUAUUCUGAACGAUUCAACUAAUACGCCUCGAUUGCAUCGUAUACGUGGGCCAUCAUUUCGUGCAAUGGACUGGUCAGGGACUGAUUGUGAUAUGUCAUGGAUUUGUUUAUUUGUUGUAAUUUUAGCUCUGUGUUUCGUCAUUCCACUUGUCUAUGUAUUCUAUAUAGCUGAACAUGCUCAUCACAAUACAACAGGAUCGAUAUCUUCAACUCACCAAUGACAUUUAGUAAAAGUUUCCUAACCAUUUUUUUACCAUUGUCUGGUAUUAAAUCUCGACUAAAAUAAAGGCCUCUUUAAUUAUUAUACGAAUAGUUAAGUGAUAAAUAUUGGCUUUAGAACUAAGUGAUAAAUAUAAUUUUGUUGUGUACUGUUUUUCGGAGAAUAAUAAUAAUUAGCCUCUUAAUAUUCAAUAAUAUUGGUAUAUACGUAUAUUUUUAUUUAAAACGUAUACAAAUUAUAUAAUGUCAUUUUAAAUGACACAUCAUAUUUAAUAGCUCUUCCAAAAUUAAUUUUAAUGUAAUUAUCUAAUUUUUUCUCAUAUAAAAAAGCAAAUUCAUUUAAGAAAAAAAUUCAAAGAUUGCAUUUAGCAAAAAAUUGAAAUGUAAAACUUUGAAAAGUGUUAAAAAUGGAUAAGCAUGAUUUUAAUCAAGAAUAAACAAUGUUUAAUGUUUAUUUUAAAUAUUUGAAUAUUUGUUGUAAUUAUCUCAAUAUCUGGUAAAUGUAAAUCCAAUGUUUUUAAUUAUAAAAAUACUGAAAAUUAUUUUUUUUUGACAUAAUUAUAAUUAAUUAAAUUUAAAAUAUUAUAAUUUGAAAAAGAAUAAUGUAUAAAGGACUUUGGAUGAAUUUUUUCCGAAACUGCAUUUUUUGCUAAAUUAUGAUUUGUCUGCAACGUGUAAAUAUCUCAUCCAUGAAUCCAUUCGACGCACCUAAAUAUGCAUUUGCAUAUUUAGGUUUCCUUAGUUUAACGUAUAUGAAUUGUUUUAAGUUUACUUCGCAUCCAUAACAAAAACACACAAUACGUCAUCAUUAUAUAAGGGUUAAUAACUUAAAACAAAUCUACAUAUUAGAUUAAAUCAAAUACGUUAUACCGGCUUGGGCUCCCUUUCAAUGAUCACUGUCGCAGUUGCAAAGACAGGGAAAAGGAAGAAACGGUCUUCCAUCUCCUCUGUGAAUGCCCUGCUCUGGCCGUAAAGAGAAACCGCUUCCUUGGCAAUUACUUCAUAUCUAACCUUGGCGAGAUAUCUGUCUUUAGGCUUAAUAAUAUCCUCAGAUUUCUCACAGCUACGGGCUGGAUCUAAUACUACAAAUUCGACAUCUGACGAGUGAAGUGGUCCGGUCAAAACGGAGUCUCUUUGAUUCUACUUGACAGUUCGCGUGUAGUGAACUACCACGUAAACCAACCAACCAACGUUAUACCUUUAGCACAGUCCGACAAAAAGAGAAAAAGUUCGUUAGACAUGAACGUUAGACUGGAUGUAAAUAUAAUAGAGAAAAUUUCGUUUUUAGAUAUGAAUUUUAUUUAUUUCAACUAUAAAAAUGUUUAUAUACAUAAACAAAUAGGUUUAUUUAGGUCCAAGCACGAAGAUCCAGAAUGUUCAAAAUUCUAGCAACCUUAACAACAGAAAAAAGUUAACACAUAAUCCAUUUUAAUUGCAUAGUAUUGUAAGCAAUUUUUUUAAAGUGCUCUUUUUAAAUUUUUAACUUAUUGUACAAGAAAUCCGAAAUAAAAAACUGAACGAAUUCUUAUUUUAUUUAA